AUGCCGUCCAACCGCUGUAUCAACGCGCGCGCGGGAGUUCAAGCGGAGCUUAAGGGACCGCGAGAACUCGUUGCGAUCUCCGGCUCCCGACCAUUUAUGCUCAGGUCAACACCCGAUGCGUCUCAAUGCCGCCAGGUCUGUGCUCCUUUUCGUAGCCAACUCGACGUGGCCGUGACUUCUUUGCUUCGAGUAAAUGACGAGCCUUCACCAUCGUAA